CAUGUGCAUGCUUUUUCUCCCCCAAUCCGUGGCUUGAUCUGCCGUCAAAUGGAUUCUAGAGUGAUGAUAGGAAACCCUACCACGGGCCAAUUCGUAACGUUGCCUAGACUCAAAACUAGAAGAAGAGGUGUGUUAUCCUUUUUUGGGUAUGAUCCAGUGAAUGAUGCAUACAAAGUGUUGUGCCUGACAGUACUACGAGGUCGUCAAGAACGCGAAUCACAAGUUGUGGCCAAAGAUCAUCAAGUGUACACUCUAGGAGUUGCCCAACAAAAAUGGAGAAUGGUUGAGUGUAAGCAUCCUCAUCUUCCUCCUACUCCUUCUUCCCUUACUAAUAAAGGGAUAUGUUUAAAUGGGGUACUGUAUUAUUAUGCUUGGAUAAAAAAUGAAGGAGCCUUGAUAAGCUUCGAUCUGAUAUCUGAAGAGUUUAAUGUCGUUAAGUUGCCUGAGGAUAUCCAUUGUCUAGUGAACUACACUGGAAAGGUAGCUACAACUAGGUGGCCUACCCCUAACUACACUGAAGUUCACUUGUGGGUUCUAGAAGAUGCCAGUAAGCAAGAAUGGUCUAAAGUUUCAAUUUUUGUUCCUUUUUUGAGAGAAUUAGCUGGAAAAAACCAUGGAUUCAGGUUCAGGGGUACAGUUAGUACUGGUGAGCUUAUAUUCUCACCUUUCUCUUCCAAUAAGGCCCCGUUCUUUUUCAUCAAUUACAAUCUCAAGGAAAACAAAGCCCAAAAAGUUGUGGUUAGAGAAUUAGGAAGUCUUUCUUAUUACAGCGAAGUCUAUUUUGAUCAUGUCGAGAGUCCUAUGUUCUGUCAAAUCUAA